AAGCGAUCCUCCCGCGACUUGCCUGCUUGCUUCUGCUUAUACCAGGAACAGGCCGUCCUGCUCAUAGAACCUGUUGCUGCUUGCCUCGCCUCGCCUACCUAUACAAUCCUUCGCCAUUGUCUCUGCCGUCGUCGUAGGCCAUUGGCACUUUGUUGCACCACCCAUUCUUUUACCCGUAUUAUGCCUCUGGUUCCCCCCUUAUAGGCCCGCCCUCUCGCAGCUCAAAUCCGACACGCCAAUGACCUGGCCUUGUCGAUAACAACUUCCCACGCCAACCAUACCUUUUGGUGACGAGGAGGUUUGGGGCUGGAGGCGAAACUGAGACGACCACAAGGAGGAGGACCGCCGUGUAUAAUAUUUACCCGUAAUGGCCGCCACCGUCCAGCGUCGAACGGCCAAGGAGCCCUUCCACAUCCACGAGGACCGCCGUAACACGGCCGGGACCUCGGACGUCGACGAGCCUGCGCAGGAUGAGACCCGGACCAAGGCCCGAUCGCAGUACACUGAGCAGGACUGCGAGGAUCGCGAGGACCAAUCGGCAGGAGGCGCCGAGGAGGAGGAGCAGGAGAACCACGCGGAAGACGAGGACGGCUGCGAGACCGAUUCCUCCUCCGACGGCGACGAGAUCGACCUCAGCGUCCAGCACGACAUGGACAAGCUGCAGGCCACCUUUCCCGACUUCAAGGACAAGUACCGCCUGAUAAAACGCAUCGGCGAGGGCACCUUCUCCACUGUCUACAAGGCCGAGGAUCUGCAGUAUCACAAGUUCGAGAACAGCUGGGACCUCGAUGCCAGCGAGGGCCAAUGGAGACCCCCGCCGCUCGCCGCCGUCUCCCAUUCCCGGUCCAACUCCCUCUCUUCCCGCCCGCGCCAUAAGCCCAAGUUCGUCGCUAUCAAGAAGAUCUACGUCACCUCCUCGCCUAGCCGCAUCCUCAACGAGCUGGAACUGCUCCACGAUUUGCGAGAUUCCCACUCCGUAUGUCCCCUCAUCACCGCCUCCCGCCACGCCGACCAGGUCCUCGCCAUCCUCCCCUACUUCCGCCACCAGGACUUCCGGAAAUACUACCCCCACAUGAGCGUAUACGACAUGAGGGUCUACUUCCGGUCCCUCUUCACCGCCCUCGCCGCCGUGCACGAGAAGGGCAUCAUUCAUCGCGAUAUCAAGCCCACCAACUUCCUCUACGAUCCGGAGAAGAAGCGCGGCGUGCUUGUGGACUUCGGCCUGGCCGAGCGGGAGGGCGUCGAUACGAAGCCGUGCCUCUGCCACGAGGAUCGGCAGGUCCGGAAGCAGAGGCUGCAGCAGUCGGUCGCGUUCAGCUCGGCGCAGGCCGGCCCCCAGGCCGGCUAUCCCCUGAACGACACGCGGCCUUCCCGUCGCGCCAACCGGGCAGGCACGCGCGGGUUCCGGGCGCCCGAGGUGCUGUUCAAGUGCACGGAGCAGACGACCAAGAUCGACAUCUGGUCCGCGGGCGUCAUCCUCCUCACCAUUCUCUGCCGGCGCUUCCCCUUCUUCAACAGCGCGGACGACGUCGAGGCCAUGAUCGAGAUCGCGACCAUCUUCGGCUCGAGGCGCAUGAAGCAGGCCGGGCAGCUGCACGGCUGCAUGUUCGACAGCAACAUCCCGACCAUCGGCGAGAGGGGUUUCAGCUUCGAGAAGAUCAUGCUGUGGAGCACGUGCAGGAGCGACGGCGGCAAGGACGGCAAGUCCAGCUUCCUGACCGAGGAGGAGAAGGGCGCCAUCGAGUUCCUGACGAGGUGCAUGGACCUGGACCCGACGCGGCGGAUCAGCGCCGAGGAAGCGCUGGCGCACGAGUUCUUGCAGGUCGACACCGAGCCCGAGGUAGAGGACGAUGUGAUGUUGUUAUGAGAGCGCCAGGUGGCCCGGCUCUCACUCCGCGGUCGAUGCUACCUCGGACGAGUCGCUCCCCAGCGUGCGGCGCGAUGCCGCCGGAAGGUUGCACGCCAGUAAAUCAGCCUGUAACCCCCCGUGUUGCUCCUAUUUUGCGGGCUGCUUGAGCCGCCUAUCCGCCAGGGCUGGGAAUGUCGGGCAGUUCCCAACCGGUGUCUGUAUAUAUGUACGCUCUGUAACCCGGCAUGAAAACUAAUGAAAUAAUCGUCAGCACGGCUGUAAGCGGACGAUCAACUAGGCGCUUGGCCCGGGAUUUGUUCCUCCCUGCUCUCACCCUCUCCCCAUCGAAAAGCGGCUACGUAGGCAUAGAAUAUAUUCCAUCUACCCCUCGCCCUUCUGUCGACCCUCGAGUGGUACUAGCUGAGAUUUCCAACAAUUCGUGGGCUUCACCCCGUGUAGAAAGCCC